UGUUUGAUUUUGGUUUGGAUUUGAAAAAGUAUGUUAAUAAUAACUCUCGCUUUAUUUUAUUGGUAAACGUUAGUUAGUAAUAACUUUUUUAUUGGUUUGGUUAUAAGUAUAAAACUUGCUGAUAAUAACGAACGGAACCAUGGAGUUUUUACAUGAUUUUGAAAACUUGGACGAAGAAGUAAAGGAACUUCUACAAAACUAUAAACACAAAAAAGCCACAGUAUACGAGCCCUGUACUUUAAAAAACUACAAGGAGUGUUUGAUAGGGUUGAGUGAGGAAUUAGGCCUGUUAAAUGUCAGCUAUAUUUUCAAUCCAUACCUUGACGUUGAACAUGACACCUUGCAACCAGAGUCAUUGGUGAGGCUCAUCAACGCUGCAUGGACACUAUUGCAUCAUUACAAAAAUGUAGCAGCAAAAGCAGAGAGUUUGGCUGAGCAAAACCACCAGUUAGAACAUAGUAAUAAACAGCUGAAUGGGUGUGUGAAUAGGCUCAAAGAGAAAUUAUGUUCAGAGGAAAAUGAAUCAAGGGCUUGUGUGGCAUCAGCACAGAGGAUCUCUGAUCGUUCUGAUGAUCUACUCCAGACAUUGGCAGAAACACGCAAGCAAUUAACAAAGGUUACAAAACAAAAAGAAACUUUGGAAAAAGCAUUGCGUAAUGAAAUAAGUAAACUUAAGAGAGAGAAUGAUAAGUUGACAGACAAAUUGAGGAAUAAAUCAGAUACUAAAGCGUCCUGUACCGACGUCUGCGACUCUACUCUCAUUCAGUUGAGAGAGCGGGACAGGAAGAACCGUGCUGUGAUAGCCCAGCUACAGUCCAACAACCAGGAGCUCCUCAGAGAAGUAUUAGCUCUUAAGGAAGAGAUCAUCCUAACUGGUGUUAAGGGAUUUAAACUUGAAAGUGGUAAGAAACCAUAAAAUACUGAAUUCAUAAAAAAUAUGUACUAGUAGGUCCCUUGAGCUUUUUCAGUUGUCUGUCAUGAUUGCAAAAAUCAUCCAGCCAUUUUGAUAACAGAAGCAGAUAAUGGGGAAAAUAAUAAAAUAUGUACAUGCAUACUUACAACAACCUAUACCCUUUUUUGCAGUUGGUACUUAAUUGAUUUCAAAAUCGAUAAAUCCCUCAAUGCUGGUUAACCCGAUUGCUGUCUGACAUACACAUCUAACUGCUUACAAUCGUCUUUUUAUUGUUAGAAAGGAAUUUGAAAAAAUAUCAACAACAGUCAGUUAUGUGGUCAACAGUCCAACUGAGUAAACUUGAGGGGGCUGUAUAGGGGGGUGCGUCUGUUCUUUCAGGAGCUACUAAAACUACUCUACUUUUAACUCUCUUUAGAUUUAAAUAUAAAAUUUGACGUCUAUAAAAAGCUCUCUACAAAAUCGGUCUGUAAAUCAUUUGUUCAAAUGUCUUUAAAAAAAUAAUGAUAAAUACGAUGGUUAUGGAUAACUUAGCUAUUAGGUAUGUAAAUAAGAUACGUGCCAAACUGUGCCUUUAAAGUUUUUAGAAUAAGUUUAAAUGUAUGACUUGCACUGAUUAGACAUAAGAUAAAAUUGUUACUUUUAUAAAAUAAAAUGAUCAAGCAUUUACCGUAAGUUGGACGCAUGUUAUUUUAUUGUACUUUGUAAUACUAUGUUACCACUAUGUAUAGGUGUCCAUUAAAUUGUUAUUCUAAAAUUGUUUUAACUAUCUCACUUUGUGAUCUCAUUAACUCUCAUCAGUAUUAAUUGCCAUCAUUUGUUAACUUUCUUUUGUUAAGUUAUGUUUGCUCAUUUUCAAUGUGCUAUAAUUUUAAGUAAAUAAUUUAAUGUUAAAGUUAUAAUGAUAAUAUUAAUUAUUUCUUGCUUUAUUAUUAGUAAUGAAGGCAAAACCUAAUGUUCACUUUUUUAUUAAUUAAGCCAUGUUAUCAUUACUUAGUAUAUUUCAGAAUAACAUCACAAAUAAGAAAAUGAAAAUAAUUUACGCCUUAGACAUUCCAAGGUAUAUGUUUAAAAAUUUUCAGCACAAACAAAUAUUUUACUGAUGAUUAUUUUGUUUUUUAAUCAAUAAAUUUAAUAUUUUGUAAAUAUGUUUCAUUCUUAAUGAAUCCGAAAGUAAAGUUAUAAAUUUUUAAUUUUAAGAAGAUACAAAUAUAGACAGUCUCGAAAAGACUCCAAGCCCACGUUCACUUGGAUGACCAAAGGGAAAAUUCGUUUUUAAAAAAGAUCUACAUAGUUCAAAACAACAAUCGACCUUUACGAGGUUAGAAUCUAAAUUAAAAUAAAGUUAGUUUUG